GGAAGCAGCAAACCUCGACCGGAUGAUGAUGUGGCAAAUGCUGCGAUGGCCAGUCCUGAUGUGGUAGCUGUUGACGAGGCAGGUGCGAUGCGGAAGGAUGCCGACUGUUCAGCUACACUCCCCGGUGCUGCUUGCCACGUGCCGGGAAGACGACAUUCCAGUUCUGCUCCAGCAGAACGACAGAACAAGAAGACGACGACAUGCCACGUCAGCGAAACGGGGGACAAGAAGAGGAGGAGGGGGGGGAAGAAGAAAGGGAGGGGAGGAGGACGAAGGGGAGGAACAAGAUGCCGAGGUGGAGGAGGGGGGGAGGAACAUGACGAAGGGGAGGAACAUGACGCAGAUAGGGCAAGGCAGGAGGGGGGGGAAGAAGGGGAGGAGGGGGGGGAAGAAGAAAGGACGAGAAGGAGGACUAAGAAGAAGAAAAAAGAGUACGGGGAAGAACAAGAUGCCGAGGUGGAGGAGGAGGAGGAGGAAGAGGAGGACGAGAAAGAUGGAGGGGGAGGAGGAGAAGAGGAUAAAGAGGACGAGGAGGAGUGGGAGGAGGACGAGGAGGUGGUCGACGACAGGGAGGUGGAGGAGGAGGAGAAGGAGAGGGAGGAAGGCGGGAAGGAGGACUUCGAUAUGGCAGAGGAGGAGGAAGAAGACCACGAGGAGGUGGUGAGGGUCGAUGAGGUGGAGGAGGAGGACAGGGAGGAUGAGGAGGAGGAGGAGGAGGAGGAAGAAGAAGAACAAGACAAGAAGUUCGAAGAAAAUAAAAAGUUCGAAGGAGGAGGAGGAGAACGAGGAAGAGGAGGAGGAGGAGGUAGACGUGGAGAAGGAGGAAGACAAGGAGGAAGAAGCAGAUGGCGAGGAGGGGGAGGAGGUGGGGGAGGAGGUCGACGAGGUGGAGGAGGAGGAGGAAGACGAGGAGGAAAAGGUGGAGGAGGUCGACGAGUGUGCAAUGAUCUCGGCAAUCUCCGGAAAGGACAACUCGAAAAGUUGUGCACGGAAGAGGAGAUCGACUAUGUCGGUGUUAAGAAGACUGCGGCAGAUCUAGCGGAUAUCUACACAAACAGAGCCUUUGCUCGACCAACCAACCGGCGGUUGAUUAGUGACGAUGAGCGAGAGGAACACGUGGAUGGUGAUCUGGAUGGGGAUGACUCCGUGGACGUUGCUGGUGUGUCCGCUGAUGCAUCCUUGAACUCGGAAUCCUCGCAACCCGGCCAUUUUGUUAGGGAUUCCCAGCUUCGGCAGAUCCCGAAUGUCGCUGCUCUCUUAAGCGGCAAUGGAGGGGAAGGAGCGGCGAACGGACCACAUGAUAAUGACGGGUUGCUUCCUGCACCGAACGCUCUGGUGCCGUAUAGGCCACCACAAGUCAACGGAGGGCAGAGCGAUGGCAGUCGGCAAAACCAGGGUGCCAACCACGGUUAUGGAAGUCAGCAAGGCCAAGGGUAUGGUAAUAACCAGGCGCAGGGAAGUAACUACUACAGAGGUGGUUAUCAGCAAAGGCCACUGAGCAAUUGGUGGAGUGAGAACAGGGAGAGGGAGAGGGACGAUAAGUUGGAGAAGGUGUGGGGAUGGUAUUCGGAGGAGAUGGAAGCCAAAGAUAGAGAAAGGCGCGAUAAGGAACAGAAACUGAAGGAGGAAGAAGAGAAGGAGAUAAUUCAAGCUAUCGAAGAGGAGCGAGCUAAGGCGAAGAGAGAGUGCGAGGAGUUUGAACAGUCGAUCGACAAGAUGGUUAGAGAAAGUAUGAAGGAAGUUUGUGGUGAGGUUGUCCGGAAAAAGGCGAAUACGAGUCAAGCAUCUGUAGCAACUGUUGAUGCUGUCGACAGAAGUUUUGAGGCGAGGCAGGUGGACGAGCUGCGGAAGCAGCAAGAGGAACGUUGGCGGCGGGAGGAUUCCGCAGCGAGAGAACAAGUGGAAAAACGGAGCGAGAUUGAAGUCUUCAAGAGAAGUAACAAGCGUACCUCGGAAGCAGUUAGGGAGAAAAGUCCUCCUACUGAGCCUGCAAAAGGAAAAUCGCAUCAGCAAGAGGGUUCAUCAACCCCGGCUGAUUGGGCGAAGCUUGCGAAAAAGUAUCGGAAGAUUCGCGAUGAGAAAGAUAUGGCCGAGCGAGAGGUCUCGGCGCUUAAGGAGAGGAUCAACAGGAUCAAGAUUGCGACCCCCUCCAGUAUCAAACGGAAGGUAUCAUUCCGACGAAGGAGCCACAAGGUUGCAAAUAGUCCCGGAUCCAAGAAUGGCGAUCAAGUGAGGGUUACAUUCGUAAGGAAGGUUGGCGAGGAGCGAGACGCCUUCUAUAAGAGAGUGUGCAAUGAUAUCGGAAAGCUCCGGAAAGGACAACUCGAAAAGUUGUGCACGGAUGAGGAGAUCGACUACGCCGGUGUUAAGAAGACUGCGGCAGAUCUGGUGGAUAUCUACACAAACAGAGCCUUUGAUCGACCAACCAACCAGCAGUUGAUUAGUGACGAUGAGCGAGAGGAACACGUGGAUGGUGAUCCGGAUGGGGAUGACUCCGUGGACGUUGCUGGUGUGUCCGCUGAUGCAUCCUUGAACUCGGAAUCCUCGUAGAUUCGGCUCCGAGCGCCAGACGGAUUUACUCGAUACUUUCUGAUGUUCGUAAGUUAAGGAAUUAUAAGGCUGGGCUGAGUA